AGUGUCAUGGCGGCGUCCUCAGCGGUGCGGGCGAGCGUGACUUUCACUCAGCGGUUCGUGCGAGUUUUUCCGGACUGCAGCAUCUGUCCGCUUCACCGUCUCAACCUGUGCACCGGAUCCGCGGGAGCGAGCUUUUCCGCACCGAGCGUCAGUGCUUCCGGUGACUGUCAGAAGGAGGACACGCAAGAACAAGUUGUUCAUGUUGUAUUCAUCGACCGGUCUGGACGGAGGAAGUCAGUCAAGGCGAAAGUUGGAGAUAAUGCUCUUUAUCUGGCACAUAAACAUGGAAUUGAUCUCGAGGGGGCGUGUGAAGCAUCUUUAGCGUGCUCGACGUGUCACGUGUAUGUGAAGAGUGAAUUCUGCGAUAAACUUCCAGCACCCGAGGAAAGAGAGGAUGAUAUGCUGGAUAUGGCCCCCAUGCUGCAAGAGAAUUCUCGUCUGGGAUGUCAGAUCAUUCUCACUCCUGAGCUGGACGGCAUCGAGCUCACUCUGCCCAAAGUCACUCGCAACUUUUACGUGGAUGGUCACGUUCCCAAACCUCACUGACGCGAAUGAACGAAGAAAUCCUGCAGGAUGCCGAGCACUGUGGGACACCUGCCAAACAAUUACAAUCAAACAUUGACUCAGUGACAAUCUUUAUCCUCCCACUUCAGUGCUCAGCGACACACAGUGUUUUACUGGUGUGGGCUGUUUGUGUGUUUGUGAGGGUUUAUGCCGAUGCUUCUAGAACACACGAUCCUCACAGGUUCAGAGGAUCUGAAGUCAUAAAUAUAGUUUUAACAGAAGCGCUUCAGAGUUAUUUUCUCUUAAACAUCAUAAGUCAAGUCUCUGUAGCAGCUCACGGUGACAUUAUUUUCAUGACAAUGACUCCAAUUCCCACUGCUGUGAUUGAAAAUAAAAACUCAUUGUCCUAUAGUUUGUCUUUGCUAAUUUUCUGGAGAUUCUCAUUACAGUUAUAUUUUAUUUGAUCAACGUAAACGUUUUGAAAUCUAGGUAUUCGUGUGGGAUAGCAAUGAAAACGGGGCUUCAUUAUCAUGAAAAUGAUGUAAAAACAUCUGUUGUCCUACAAAUGGCAUCAUCUCCUUUGUUCCAUAUUCUUUAGUUUGAAAUAAGAUGAUGAUGACGCUGAUGUUGUGUGAGAUUUACUCAAAACAUUAACAUUACAGACUCAUAUCUGUGUUCUCUGAAUUACCUGUGAUCUAGAACAGUGAUUUUCAAUCCUGAGCCUGGGGACCCACCACUCUACACAUUUUGUAUAUCUCUUUUAAAUGACACAGUUAGUUCAAUUCAUGGAUGUCUCACUUAAUGAGCUGAUGAUUUGAGUCAGGUGUGUUAGAUAAGGGAGACAUUCAAAAUGUGCAGAGUGGUGGAUCCCCAGGCUCAGGAUUAAAAACCACUGAUCUAGAACAUACAUGUGAAAUGUUUAGCUCUCACACAACUUCUGUCUUUAACGCUCCUGUUACUGUAAAUAACUAUAAGGGUUUAUACAUAUAAAGCUUGUAGAAACACAUGCAUUUGUUUGUUCAGUAAUAAAAGUCCUGUGCAUUAUUCUUGAUCAUUGACUUGUACAGUAAGCAGUGCAUGUUCAAUGCUUUUGUUUGAGCUUUUAUUCAUUAUUCAACAUUAAACAUCAAUGGACAUCAUGAA